AAACUAUUAAUCAUAUCAAUGUUUACGAACAAUCUAAUAUAAAUAAUAAAUAUAAAUAUAUUAUAAUGGAUGAGCCAAACGAACCCACUUCUUUGUUAGUCAACGAAAAUGAAAAUAAUAAUUUAAAUAAUAAUAACAAUAAUAAUAAUAAUAAUAAAAAUAAUAAUAAUAAUAAUAAUAAUGGGCCUAAUAGUAAUAAUACAAAUAUAAAUAAGGAUGGUGGGAACCACUUUGUUGGGCCGGCAUCAUUACCAACAUCAUUUUCACAUAUAAAUCAAAGAGCUUAUAAUAUAAAUAGAAAUAGUAGAAAUAAUAAUAAUAAUCUAAAUAAUAAUAAUAAUUUAAAUAGUAGUAUAAAUUUAAAUAAUAGUAUAAAUAACAAUAAUAAUGUAAAUCAAGAAAAUGAUCAAUUAUUAUCACAAUGGGAUAAAUCAUUAAAUAAUAAUUAUAAUAUAAAACAUAAUAAUAGUUAUAAGAAUUUUGAUAAUAGUUAUGAAUAUAUAAAUAAAAAUAAAGUUUUUUUAAGAACGAAAAAGAAAUGGAAUUUUAGAAAAAAGAUACUACCAAUGAUUGUUUUUAUUGCAAUUACAUUAAUUGUGGUAUUUUUAGUGGUUUUCAGUUUACCAUACGAUAGCAAUAAUACAAUUUUUAAUAAAUCGCCAUUUUACAUCAAAGAAGACGAUAUACUUUUAGAAAUGGCCCUUAAAGCUAGGGAAAACCUUUUAAAAACCCACGGUAACCAGACUAUAAGUAAAUUAGAUUUUGCGAUUUUACUAGCAAACCCAAUUGGUUCUUGGUCAAUUGCAACUUUUAAUGGUAAGAAUAGUUCCUCACCACAAGAAUGUGUAUUUCUACCAAUUUUAGCUGCUGGAGUAAAUUGGUGUUUAAAUCAAGGUAAUGACCCUCAUUGUUUAAAUAUGGCUGCAGGUCCAAUGAUGAAUGAUAUGAGCUCAGUUCAUGCAGGUAUUUUAGUCGAUAUUAUUACAGGUGCCCCAAAUAAACAAUUUACAUCACCAAAUAGCACAGAUUUCCAAUCUUUUUUAAAAAAAAGAAAAUCAAUUGAAGACUUUUUAAAUUCAAAUGAUUUAUUAGGAAACCAAACCAUUAUAAAUAAAUUUUAUCCAUCAAAUUCUGGUUCAACUGCUACAUGGGGCGAAGGAAUGGCAGAAAACAUUUUUGGCGAAAACUUAAUGACACCUUAUGAAUCGGCAUUGUUAAUGUUAUAUUUAAUUAGAUCAGGUAUUUUAACAGACGGACAAUCAUACAUGUCGGAUUUAAUUUCAAGACAAACGUUUUCACCUUAUACAUCGAUUGGAUUUGGAUUGCCACCAGGUACUGUAUUGCACUCGGUAAUGGGAACAUCUAAAGAAGAUGUUAAUGAAAUUGCACAUUUCGUUUUACCAAAUGGUAAUGAAAUGAUAUUUGCAGUCUUUUCAAAUGGUUAUCAAAACAAUGGCAAAUCUCCAUAUCAAGCAUCUAUUUUGGGUAUGUUUGCAGGUGAUGUUAUUCGAUUUUUAGGUUUAGACAAUGGGAAUCCACCAAAGAUAGUAAUGACCUCAAGUGAACCAAACUGCACAAAAAAUGGAUCAUGGAAAGAAGGAAAAUCACCACAAGCUUACAAUGGCACCUAUUACUAUGUUAACGGUACCCUAACACCCACCGGCGGAGUUUUACCAACCUCAAAUUUUAUAUGGACUUUUAACAUCACCGAAUCUGGCCUCUAUGAACUCUGUGUUUGGUUUCCUGGUGGUCAAAACCAUGGUAUUGUAACCUAUCAAGUACAACCAGGCGAUGGCUUAAUCUAUUACUUUCAAAUUAAUCAAGCUCAUUAUGGCGCAAGAUGGAUACUUUUAGAUAGUUUUUAUUUGGUAGAGGGUAAUCAAGCUAUUAUAUCAAUUAGUAAUCUAAAGAUAGCUAGUGAUAAAAUUAUAGUUGCUGAUUCUAUUAAAUUUACCAUGUGGCCAUCAUUUGGAGGUAUACCCGGUUUUGCAAAAUCAACAUUCAUCAUCAAUAAAUCCCCAGACGACUAAAAAUAAAAUAAUAGAAUCUAAUCAGAAAAUAUUUAC